AUGAGGGUCUUCCCAGUGUUAUCUUUCUUGUCACUCGCACUCAUCCCUCCCUCGCUCGGCGUCCCGUCGCCUCAGCUCCGCGACGUCGAGCUCCCGCCAACACAACAAGCCCUAACCAUCAACCUGAAACCCCAGCAGACGUCGACGAGAGACCUCGUUUCUCUCGACGGGCUGUGGUCCUUUGCCCUCGAAGACGCCACAAACAGCACCUCUGCUCCCUGGACGGCGGCGCUCCCAAAGGGCCUGGAAUGUCCCGUCCCUGCAUCCUACAACGACAUCUUCGUCGACAGGACCAUUCACGAUCACGUCGGCUGGGUAUACUACCAACGCACUGUGACUGUCCCACGGGGCUGGGCAGAUCAGCGCGCUUUCCUCCGUCUGGAGUCAGCAACGCAUCAUGGCCGCGUCUAUGUCAAUGAGCACCUGGUUGCCGAGCAUGUUGGCGGUUACACCCCGUUUGAAGCCGACAUUACCUCUCUCGUGCAGCCUGGUGAAAGCUUCCGGUUGACAAUCGGUGUGGACAACCAGCUGACGCACGAGACCAUCCCUCCAGGUGAUCUGGUGACUUCUGAGUAUACAGGGAAGAAACAGCAGAGCUACCAGCACGACUUUUACAAUUACGCAGGGCUGGCGAGGUCCAUAUGGCUCUACUCUGUGCCCAAGGAUCAGUUCAUCAAGGACAUCACGGUCGUUCCAGAUGUUGAUUGGGAUGGUGACGCAGAGACCGGAGUGGUGAGCUAUACCGUCCAGACUUCUAACGCGACGAGUGGCCCCAUCCGGAUCUCAAUUCUCGAUGAAGAAGGAAACGAGGUCGCAACAGCGUCCGGAGCCACUGGGACAGCUACCAUUCCCUCUGUCAACCUCUGGCAGCCUGGCGCUCCCUACCUAUACUCCUUCACUGUCAGCAUCCUCUCCGCCUCCCAACGGCUGAUCGACACAUACACACUGCCCAUCGGUAUCCGCACUGUGGCUGUCGGCAACGGCACUAUCCUGGUCAACAAUGAGCCGGUCUACCUGACCGGGUUUGGCAAACACGAGGAUAGUCCCAUCCGCGGCAAAGGCCACGACAUCGCGUACCUAGUCCACGACUUCCAGCUGCUGGACUGGAUCGGCGCGAACUCUUUCCGCACCAGCCACUAUCCUUACGCGGAAGAGGUGAUGGAAUUUGCAGACCGCCAGGGAAUUCUUGUCAUUGACGAAACGCCCGCCGUCGGACUGGCGUACAGCAUUGGCGCGGGCAUCUCAACGGACACAAGCAGGGUGACCUUCGCGCCGGACGGGAUCAACAACAAUACUCGCGCAGCCCACGCCCAGGCUCUCCGGGAACUCAUUGCACGGGACAAGAACCACCCCAGCGUUAUCAUGUGGUCGAUCGCGAACGAACCCGCGUCUGAUGAGCCAGGUGCGCGCGCAUACUUUGAGCCCCUCACGCGGCUCGCCCGCUCCCUCGAUCCCGCGCACCGGCCCAUAACUUUCGCCAACCUCGGCCUGGCAACCUAUGAAACCGACACAAUCUCUGACUUGUUCGAUGUUCUCUGCCUGAACCGAUAUUUCGGCUGGUACUCGUACACGGGAGACCUGGAGUCCGCCGGAAAGGCACUCCAUGAGGAACUGGACGGAUGGGUGGCCAAGUACCCGACCAAACCAAUCAUCAUCAGCGAGUACGGGGCAGACACAAUGGCGGGACUGCACUCUGUGCUGGGACUGAUCUGGAGCGAGGAGUUCCAAAUCGAGUUGCUGGAUGUGUAUCAUGGGGUGUUCGACCAGUUCCAGAAUGUGGUUGGUGAGCAUGUAUGGAAUUUCGCGGAUUUCCAAACAAAGGAGGGCAUACAGCGGGUGGAUGGGAACAAGAAGGGUGUCUUUACCAGAGACCGCAGACCCAAGGGGGCGGCGUUUGCCUUGAGGAAGAGGUGGAUGAAUAUGAUGUCGAGUUAG